CAUUGUGCUUGUUUGUAGAGGUUAUGGAAAUUGAAUUGAUUUGCAGAAACAAUAAUCAUAUUUUCUUUGAUAAAAUUGAAUAAAAUUUAAAUAUCAUGUCGGUCAAAAGGCCUGUGUCAUGGUUUUUAACAGAACAAGGCCGAAGGUUUUCAUUUUCAAUAAUAACUGGUACCGGUCUGGCUCUUACUGCAGCGAGGUUUACUCCUCAUACAUUUUUCUUGCAGAAAUAUAAGGAUUUUGCACAUUAUUAUAAUGAAGGAAAGCCAGUAGAACUUCCAAAUGAUCUUCAUAAUAUGUUUCAAAAAUGUUUAGAUCUUCUUAACAUAUCAGAAACGCAUAGAAAACUUAUUGAACCAUUCAGUGUGUUUGGAUUUGACCUAUUUCAUGCUGGCAGUACCAGUUCAAGAUUUGGUGUAGUGGUUGGAAUUCCUGUGAACUUCACAUACAAGACAUUAGAUGAUGUUGAAAAGCAAAAUGUCCAGGUCAACCAAAAGUCAAUUGAUUUAAAAUCAGAAAUUGGGAAAAAACUAGGUGAAGCCCUCGUCUUACCUGAUAAAGUAAAAGAAUUUGCAAUUUGCAGAGAAAUACUUAUGACUCAUAAUUAUAAAGUCAUGUUAGAGUCUUCUUACCCAUUUAUAUGCUUGUUCUUUGCAUAUAAUUUGUCACAAUAUAUAAAUAUGAGACUGAAUUUGUAUAGAGCUCCACAAGCCGUUAGAGGUGUAUUAUAUUCUAUUGUUGGAUUCUUCAGUUUAGGUACUUAUUUUCUAAUGAAAGAUAUGACCGAAGUUUACUAUGAAACAGCAGCUGACAAGAAAUUGUGUGAACUUGGGCCAGACUACAUUAAAAGUGGAGUGAUCUUCUAUGACAAACUAUUACAAAGAAAUCAAGCCUUAAGAGAAUUGAUGGGCAAAGAGGGUGAAAAAAAAUACACUAAAACUGGCAAUGAAAAUCACAUGAUAAGACAACCACGAGUAGCCUUAGUUCAUAGAAAACAAUACUUUGAACAGAGAUUAAAAGAAUCUAAUGAAGAUUUUAAUGGACAUAAUAUAACUGAAAAUAAUUAUGUGUUGUAACUUGUUGUGUACUUAAAUAAAUAAAAUAUUUAAAAAACAAUUACAGUAGGUAGACAUAAAAAUAAAAUGGCUAUAAUAUUAUAAGAUUAAUUAAGUUAAUAAAGAUUAGCUUUUACCCGCGACUUUGCGUGAUAUAAUUUUAUUU